GUCGGUGGUGCAAGUGGUGUGUGCAAACAUGGCGCUCAAAUAUUUAGUUGGCCAAAAGAUCAUGAACGAGGUGAUCAAGUCUAAGAAGUCCAAGGCGACGCAGGACUGGCGCGUGCUCGUGGUCGACCAGCUCGCCAUGAGGAUGAUCUCCACGGCAUCACGAGUGAGUACCGCCGCCCUCAUCUCGUCUGAGGGCAUCACGAUCGUGGAGGACAUCAACAAGAGGCGGGAGCCGCUGCCGCUGCUGGAGGCGGUGUACCUCAUCCAGCCCACCAAGGAGUCCAUCAGUGGACUGGAGCAAGACUUCAUCACCAGCAGCAAGGCCAUGUACAAGUCUGCUCACGUCUACUUCACUGAGACAUGCCCCGAGGAGAUGUUCAACGAGCUCUGCAAGCAGCCUGUGUCCAAAUACAUCAAGACACUCAAAGAAAUAAACAUCGCCUUCCUCCCCUACGAGGGACAGAUCUUCUCGCUGGACUCCCCUGAAGCGUUCCCCCAGAUGUACAGCCCUCCCCGCAGCGGCACCCGCGGGGCCAUCAUGGAGCGUCUGGCCGAGCAGAUCGCCACCCUCUGCGCCACCCUGGGGGAGUACCCCGCCAUCAGGUACCGGCUGGAGUCGGAGCGCAACGCAGAGCUGGCCCAGCUGGUGCAGCAGAAGCUGGACGCGUACAAGGCAGACGAGCCCAGCAUGGGCGUGGGGCCUGAGAAGGCCAGGAGCCAGCUGCUGCUGCUCGACCGCGGCUUUGACUGCGUGUCGCCCCUGCUGCACGAGCUCACCUUCCAGGCGAUGGCGUACGACCUGCUCGACAUCAAGAACGACGUGUACAAGUAUGAGGCGAGUAAGGGUGAGGCAGAGAAGGAGGUCCUACUUGACGAGAACGACGACAUCUGGGCAGAGAACCGCCACAAGCACAUCGCUGUGGUGUCGCAGUACGUCACCACCAAGAUGAAGGAUUUCAUGAAGGACAAGCGGCAGUUCACGACGGACAAGGCCUCCAUGCGGGACCUCUCUCAGAUGAUCAAGAAGAUGCCGCAGCACCAGAAGGAACUCAGCAAGUACUCUACGUACCUGAACCUGGCCGAGGCGUGCCUCAAGAACUACCAGGGCUACGUGGACAAGCUGUGCAAGGUGGAGCAGGACCUGGCCAUGGGCACUGAUGCUGAGGGCGAGAAGAUCAAGGAGCACAUGAAGGCGAUCGUGCCGAUCCUGCUGGACGGGGCGGUGGGCGACGAGGACAAGCUGCGCAUCGUCCUGCUCUACAUCCUCGCCAAGAACGGCAUCAGCAGCGACAACCUCGAGAAGCUCAUGCAGCACGCGCAGAUACAGCAGGGGGAGCGUCCUAACAGGUUCCCAACUGAUCCCUGUCCCCCUCCCUCUGCUCAGAACAAGAAACGGCCGUACAGCAAGAAGCGGCCGUACGUGGUGGCGCGCAAAGAGCGCAUCACGGAGAACACCUACCAGAUGUCCCGCUGGACGCCCGUCGUCAAGGACAUCGUCGAGGACCUCAUCGAGAACAAGCUCGAGGAGAAGCACUUCCCCUUCCUGGGGGGCCGCAGCGCUGCCAUGACCCAAGCCGCCCCAUCCAGGUGA